GUUCGCCAUCUUUGACGACAAAUAGCCCAUCUAUGUUAUUUUGUUUUCAAAAAGUAUCGAAAAGUAUGAAAGAACACUAAAUCGCAUUAAAUAACCGAAGCAUAUGACUGGUUUUUACCGUAUCUAGCGUGUUAUAAUACAGUAAAAGUCUUCGGGAAACAUUUUUGGCGAGAUGUCGCUUGUGGAUUUGGGAAAGCGUUUGUUGGAGGCAGCACGCAAAGGACAGGAUGAUGAAGUGAGGUCACUUAUGGCCAAUGGAGCUCCUUUUACUACAGACUGGCUGGGAACCUCACCACUUCAUUUAGCUGCACAAUACGGGCACUACUCCACCGCUGAAGUGCUUCUCCGUGCCGGCGUGAGUAGAGAUGCCCGCACUAAAGUCGAUCGAACCCCCCUCCACAUGGCUGCGGCAGAGGGCCACUCAAGCAUUGUUGAAUUGUUGGUCAAGAGUGGAGCAGACAUCAAUGCCAAAGACAUGCUGAAAAUGACCGCCCUGCACUGGGCUGCGGAACAUGGGCACAGGGGAGUCGUGGAGCUGUUGAUCAAAAACGGCGCUGAUACUCACGCCCUCAGCAAGUUUGACAAGACACCUUUUAACAUUGCAGUGGACCGAGGAAACACUGAGCUGAUGCUAUUGUUACAGGAGGGAAUGCAGAACCAAGUGAACAUGAAUCCAGAGAGGACUAUCCUAAGCAGCACGUCACCCGCCACCGCCAGCCCUCAGUUCAUCAUCUCCUCCUCUGGAGUGGUCAAUCUCUCUGAUAUUGUUCUCACUAAUGCUAAGGCUAACACAGCAGGAGCUGCAGAGAGUGUGAUUGCUGCUGAUUCGGUAGAUUCUGCCAUCCAGCAUCUUGUAGCGGAAGAUGGCCAGAGAGUCAUCACCAUAGUAACCGACCAACAGGGCAACCUGGGACAGAAAUUCUUUGUCACAAUGCAGGGGCAGCAAAUGGUUGCAGUGCCAGCGGGUCAGAUUGCAGAAGAAAUCAUAACAGAGGACACAAAACCAGUUCCAACACGGAAGCGGAAAUUUGAAUUAACCGUCAACCAUGCAGAUGUCAAACACAAGGAGCCCACUGAGAAGGACAGUCGGGAACUACUGGAACAGCAACUAAAGGAAGCAAACAGAAAAGCCCAGGAGUACAGACAGCAGUUACUACGAAAGGAACAGGAAGCUGAGCAGUACAGGCUUAAACUAGAGGCCAUUGCAAACGGGCAGACCAAUGGCUCCAGCACAGAGCCCCAAGAGGAAGUGGUGCUUCAGGAAGAGGAAGAGGAAGAGGAGGAGGUGGUUGGCGAAGAGGAAGUUGUCAUGUUGCCAGAAGGGGCCAUCAUCAUUAAAGAGGAGCCCCUUGACUCAACGACAGGAGAAACAGUAACAUUAGUAGAAGCCGCAGAUAUCACAGCCACCUCCGAGGGCACGCCGUAGCAGUGAACCCAAAAGACUCAAACACUCAGGAAUUACAUACUCUGUGUGCCUGGAGUGUGACAUUGUGUUUAUUUAUUGUAAAUCAUAACUUUUUGUUUUUAUCCUUUUUUUACUCAUAGCAUUCAGUUUCUGUACAAACCUCAACAAAGAUGUAGCAUGAGUUAUAUUUAGGUGGCCACAACGAUGCUGAGCUGCUCAGAUUGACAGAAUUGGAAGACUAGGCGUGUCUUUUUAACAUACAGCAGUGCAAGCUAUGGAAGAUUUAGUGAUAAUGCUUUUCAAUCAAGCCCCGUUAUGCACCUCGAAUGCAUACUAUACAGUUAGUAUGCACCAUAGUGUACUUAAAGGAACGUUCUGGGUUCAAUAUACAUCAUUUAUUUAUUUUUUUUAAAGUGCAAGUUGUGGUUAUAGUAAUGCACUUUCGAUAAAAAUAAACUGGGACAGUGUUCUGGUGAAGCUGAUAUUUUUGUUAAAUCACCUGCAUUAAUGAAUUGGUAAGAAAUUUAUUAUUUGAGAUGCAAAAUCUGCCUUUUUAAAAGAUUUUCAGAGUCAGUGAACCUUGAAAAUGUUGUGCAAAAAUUUCUGGGUUUACUAGCUGAAUGUUUCUUGCCUGGUUCAAUGUUGUGCCGUAUUAUAACCACGGUUUUUGUUUCUUUAAAAAAACAACAACAACUGAAGGUCGUCAAAAUUGUAAUUGCAAAUGCUGUCAAUAGAGCUUAACUUGAACUUAGAACAUUCCUAAAAUAGUGACAUAACAUUUAGAAUGAAGGUUAACAGUAUAUCAUAUAAAGAACAAUACUAGACAUUAUUCAUCUUUGUGUAACAUUGACCUGCUCCUGCAGUGUGAGGCAUGUCUUAUUGAUGCAAUCGGCAUCUGGUGGUGUGAUAAUCAAAGUAGCUAUGUAUUUACGUAGAAAACAGACUCUUUCAUGUAUUAUAAUACUUUUAGCUGUUUAUAAAGAUAAUUUACUCCAUUCAGAGUACAAGAAUGAGCAAUGGUUGUUUCACUUUUUUCUUCUUUUGUUCUGUUAGACACUGAAUCACGAUUUGCAUUUCAAUGUUUUGUGCUCUAAAAAGCAUGCAACAUGUCUUUGCUUGCAUUUCACGGUCUGGUCCAUGUGCCUGUUUUGACUUUCCCUGUACAAUUUCCCAGCUGCUUUGUUUAUAGAUGUUAACAGCUUUUACAGUCAGUCCUUGAGUGAAGUUAUAUCAUCAGCUGUGUUCAGUCGUUGUAUGUCAAGUUUAAAAUGUGAACGAAAUUUAAUGGAACGAGACCUCAAGUGUUCUAAAGCUUAUCUUUGCAUAGAACAAAAUGUUUUGCAUUAUCUAUGACAUGUUUUCCAGGUACACAGCUGAUGAUUAACAUUCCAUGAACUGAAUUUCAAGGGCUUGCAUUACCAUUGCUGUGCAAAACUUAUUUGAAAAUGUACAGUUUUCUUCCAUCUAAAUCCAAGAAUAUUAAGAUUUUUGGAGGACAUUAUACUAUUUAUUUUAUGGGUGAUUCAUGUGGUCAAGA